AUGUCGAAGACGUUCAAGACAUCGAAGACGUUGAAAAUGUUGAAGACGUCGAAGAUAUCGAAAAUAUUGUUUUGCAUACAGAUAGGAAUAUCGACGCAUAUCGUUUAUAUUCUGAAGAGAUUAGUGGACGACAUAUCGUCGAUUUUGGGCAUGUUUUUGCUGAAUUGCAAAGACUCCACUCAUUGGCUCGGCGAAUGUCGUUUUACUGAUCUCGUAUUGAGCAUAAAGAACCAUGACGGUCUGAAAACCCAAUUUUCUGUCAAAUGUCGAAUGUGUCACACCACAGGUGACUUUUGGAGUGAACCAAAAGACGACAAAAAAUUGGAUGUCAAUAAUGGUAUCGUAUCCGGUACUAUAUUGACAGGGACUGGUCAUAAGCAGCUUGAAGAACUUCUUGCUGCUGCAGAUAUUGCAUGCAUGAACAAUAAAAAAUAUAUAAAGCAUCACAACGAAAUGUCGGAAGCCUUCGCCGCCGCCGCGGAAGAAGAAAUGCGCGUGGCUGGCGAAGAGGAAAAACGUUUGGCAAUUGAAAGAGGAGAUGUCAUAGACGGCAUUCCGCAUAUACCCGUGAUAACAGACGGCUCGUGGAUGAAGAGAUCCUAUCGUUCUGAUUAUGGACCAAAUGCGGAACGGUCAGAUGUAGAAGGUUAUAUGUACGAACAGCUGAAAUCUAAUCAUUAUCAAAUGUUAAAAGAUCAGCAAAGUAAUCGUGCUGUAUUGGAGUGUGCUACACGGGAUCAGCAUGAAAAACCCGGUGUGGCACAACAUACGGCGAAAUCUUCUCACUGCUUCAAACUUUGGAAAAGUUUGUAG